CCGCGGGGUCCGGCCCGGGCCGAUCGGUGGCCCGCAGGGCUCGUGCUUUCCCGACCUGGCUGGGCCUCGCAGCCCCGGCCCACUGCCCCCAGCCCUGCCCCCGAGCCAGCCCGAGCCCGCGCCCCGGUCCCCGGCCUCCUCCCAGGCCUCAGCACCCGCGGGGAGCUGAGCCUCCGCGGGGAGGCCGCGGGGCCGCAGCAGGUCCCGGGGUGGCCUGACCCCGAGAGAGGCGCGCGCGUCGCACGCACGCCCGGGGGUUUGUUGUUUGAUGUUAGUGUCUCUCUCAAACUUUAGUCAUUUGCGUAUCAGCCUUUACGAUUUUUUACCAAAUUCUCGUUCCACACUUGUGUUUGCUGCAUUCCUCUUGAAAUUGACUCAUGUUUUGAAAAAGCACUUAAGUAGUGCUGCCUGUAUGGGCAUCACCCCAAGCAGUAUCCACGAAAUCUUGGGUUUGAUAUACUGAUUAUGGGUUUUUUCCUAAUAAAUACUUAGAUGUGAAAAAUCGAAAAGUUUAAUUGUGUACGGUAUGAAACGGACUGGUGUACCGCACCUGGGAAACAGCACUGUAUUAAUUAUUAUAUGUUGGGGGAUCCGGUUUUAAUCUCCUGUAGUCCGGGGCUUGAUGACAGUUCAUUUCUACAAUGUUUCCUGAGUACCAGCUGUGUGCCAGGCACUGUGCUAGGCACUUGAGAAGAGACCAGGAUUAAAAUGAGUAAGAAAGCUCUGGCCUUGACGGAGCUUAUCAUCUUAAGAGAAGGAGACAUCUCUAGAAGUAACUACAAAUACAGAGAAUAAGUUUCGGAGCACAAGAAUUGUAUUUCAGUACAGUAGCUUAUUAGGAUGGUCCAAGCACCCAAAUCUCUAUGACUUGCAGAGUUGUCACAAAGCAGAAUAGUCGGCCCAUGUCAUGUCUUUAAAGUUGACAAUUAAGUUGAAUUUAUAGAACAAUUUGAGAAUGCAUAAACAGCAAAAGUAUAUAAUAAAAAUUUUAAAGGCCUUUAAAAUGAAAUGAACAUAUACAAGUUAAAUAACAGUCGAUACUGUUUAAGCUAAAUUUCUUUGGUGGUAGAAGUGGACAUUAUUAACACUAUCUUGGAAGUAUACCUUUAAUGAAUUCUAGGAAAGGAUACAAGUCCCCUGAAUCGAAACUUUUUGCCAGAAUAGUAUGGUAAGAAGAUGGUGUUUGAGUUGUAUUGUUUCUUAAGAGGAGCCCGAGAACAACAUAACUAUUCAAGUUCAUGAUAACACUACUUUGGAGAUACUUUGGAUGAUCAGUAAAUUGGUGCUGCUAGGUUUGGAGUGUUGGUGAAUUAUUAAUGAAUACCCCAUGUUUCCCCACGACCAGAAGAGUCUGGGCAGAGAUUGGACUACACCGUGGGAGAAUCUGCAAAGGUGUUGCUGGAACAGACAUAUUUCUAGUUGUAUGAGGUGGCCUGGACAUUACUCUCGAGCUCCUUAUCCAUACUUCAGUAGUAGGCAUUUUUCACUACAUUGGAGACCACCUUGUUUGUUUGAGUCUAGAACUCCGUUUCAGUACCAUAACUGGAGACCUGACAGCCUGAGCCACACCUCUUUGAUCCAUCUCUCUAGUUACAUCAUGAACUCUGAGGGAGAUGAGCCUUCAUCAAAACGAAGAAAACACCAAGGCACAAUACAACGGCAUUGGGAAUAUAUAUGUAACCAUAGUAAAGACAAGACAAAGAUCCUAGAAGACAAAAAUGUUGACUCCACAUGUGAAGACAGCGAUACCAAGUUUGACUUUUCAGUGAUGUCCUAUAAUAUACUUUCACAAGAUUUAUUGGAAGACAAUUCACACCUCUAUAGACACUGCCGGCGGCCAGUUUUACACUGGAGUUUUAGGUUUCCCAAUAUUUUGAAAGAAAUUAAACACUUUGAUGCAGAUGUACUUUGUUUGCAAGAAGUUCAAGAAGAUCAUUAUGGAGCAGAGAUCAGACCAAGUUUGGAAUCUUUGGGUUAUCACUGUGAAUACAAGAUGCGGACAGGAAGGAAACCUGACGGCUGUGCCAUUUGCUUCAAACAUUCCAAGUUUUCACUCUUAUCAGUGAACCCAGUGGAAUUCUACCGCCGUGAUGUUCCUCUGUUGGACAGAGACAACGUUGGAUUAGUGCUGCUGCUGCAGCCCAAACUUCCAAGCGCCGCCUCUCCUGUGAUCUGUGUAGCUAACACACACCUGCUGUAUAAUCCAAGGCGGGGGGAUAUUAAGCUGACCCAACUGGCGAUGCUUCUGGCAGAGAUUUCCAGUGUUGCCCAUCAGAAAGACGGCAGCUUCUGCCCCAUCGUCAUGUGUGGUGACUUUAAUUCUGUCCCCGGUUCUCCACUCUAUAGUUUCAUAAAGGAAGGAAAAUUGAAUUAUGAAGGACUCGCCAUCGGAAAGGUAUCUGGCCAGGAACAGUCUUCACGGGGACAAAGAAUUUUAUCUAUUCCAAUUUGGCCCCCAAACCUAGGUAUCUCACAGAACUGUGUGUAUGAGGUACAGCAGUUACCAAAAGUAGAAAAGACAGACAGUGAUCUAACAGAAACAGAGCUGGACAAAACGGAGGUCCUAGUGACGGCCGAAAAAUUAUCUUCACAUUUACAACACCAUUUCAGCUUGUCGUCUGUUUAUUCACAUUAUUUUCCUGACACUGGAAUUCCAGAAGUGACCACUUGUCAUUCCCGAAGUGCCAUAACUGUGGAUUAUAUUUUCUAUUCUGCUGCAAAGGAAGAUGUUGCCGGACAACCAGGAGCUGAAGUUGCUCUGGUUGGUGGCUUGAAACUUCUGGCCAGGCUAUCACUUCUCACAGAACAAGACUUAUGGACUGUUAAUGGACUUCCAAAUGAAAAUAACUCUUCAGAUCAUCUGCCUUUAUUGGCUAAGUUCAGACUCGAGCUGUGACUCUUCUUUAAUUACAUAUACACUUUUGUGUCCAAUUUUUAUUCUUUUUCAAAAAGUGUAAAAUAGUUCUUGAGAGCUUGCAUGUUUAUUUUUGCGCUGUGGAGUUUCGGAUUCGGAAGAGGUUCUGUUAAAUGCUUGAGACAGAUGUCCAAAGCAACACGUUUACAACAAUUUUCUUUGUAAUAACAAAAACGUAUUUUCCUGACAAGUGAGAUCUAAAUGCUCCUUAUUGUAAAAGAGUUGUAAAUAUUUUUUAUUCUUAGUCCCAGUAAAAUUGACAGUGAUUUUUAAAUAUAGUGCAUCCUCUUUAGUUAGUACAGAAUUUCAGUUGAUGUUUUUGGCAAGCUUUACAGUGGAUCCAAAGUAUAUUUGAGUUCUUGCAAACCACAGCUCAUUUCCCUUCCAGAAGGCCUGAUUUCAUUGUGCGGACCAUCUGUUUGUCAAGUCCUAAUUCAUCUCCAAAAUCACUGGGUCGUUCACAAGUGUCCAGCCAGCCAGUUUAGUUUGGUUUUGAGGGAGCUUAAUAAUGCUUUCUAAAGUUGUGCAAGUUGCUUAAUCCAUCUUAUUACUAUCCCGAGCCGUGUAAAAUGUCUACAUUUUGUUGGGAAAUGUAGUAGGAGAGGAGUGUUGCACAUGCCCCCUCUUUUCCAUCCUGUGAGACAGACCAUUCCAGCAUGCCAGAGAGAGGAAGAGACUGGGUUAUAAUGCCUUCAUUUCCCCAGCAAUUCUUUUUUCCUUUUUUCUCUUCAGUUUCAGGAAGAGAUCCCUAGGUUGGGGGAAAGACUUUAUUUUUCUGAACCAGUUCUGUAGAAACUUAUUUUAUUAGGAAGCUUUUCUUUAGAACAAAGUGGCAGCUAUAGGAUUAUUUUGGUUUUGCCUCAGAUAUUUAGGAAGCCCACAAAACUAGUGGGAGAUACCAACUUGGAGACCUAAUACUCUCAAGUAGUAAUUUUAACGGUCUUAGUGGUUUUGUUUCUAAGAUGUCAGUUACUCUUUCUUUCAUCGUGAGGCCACAGUGUGCGAUGGUGCUGACGUUUUUUUUUGUAAAGUGGUUAAGAGCAGGUCUAAUUAGUCUCACAGCUGGCACUAUGUGAAUGUUUGAAUCGAAAGUUUGAAAAUUGAAAAAGUGAAAACAUCCCCAUUUUUGAGACAUUAGGAUCAAAGAAUUAUGUGUGUUUUUACUAAGUAGUAAUUUUAUAUUUGAAUUACACUGAAUUAUAAAAGUUUUUACAAUGAGCGUUCCUCGUAGAAUGACUCCUCUGAAAUUAGAAAGCCGUUCCUCCAAGUCCUGGACUUCAAAGGUUUUUGUAUGAAAGUAUAUUGACUACAGUUAUUUUUUAAGAAAAUAAAUCAGAUGACUACCUGAAUAAGACGUGUCACGGGUUAUAAGGAUUUGCCUAGUAAAAACUGUAAUAAGCAAGUAUUUUUAAAUGUUUAAUUUCUCACUUUUUUGGGUUUUUACUUACAGUAUUACCUGUAGUUCUAAGAUUUUCCACAUUUUCUAGUAACAGUUUGCAGAAUAUUCAGUGUUCUAAUUAGCAGAUAUUGUUGCCGUUAAAUAAUAAUAGUGCAAUUAGUCCCUUUUAAUAUUGGGGAAAGAGAAAGAAAAUUCAUUAAGUACUGCUUUGUGUUAUGUGAGUUUAUUAACAGAUAAUUUUGUGUAUAGGUCAUUGUUGACAAACUAACAUCCCUGAAGACCUCUGUGAAAAUGUAAUGUUUUAUAUCCUGAUUAAUAUAUUGAUUUUAGGCCCUUUACAUGUGCUUCACUUUGUAGAGUUAAUCCAUAAAAAUGCUUUCUACUUUA